CAAAUACAGAAAUGAACAGCAAGCUCCUGUGUAUCAAUCACACCUGAUUAAAAGGACUGUAUGUGGGCUUUGUCUUAAAGGUGAUGCCCGGGGCUGUCGCUGGAUCCUGGUUCCCAAGUGGCUUCCAUGGACACUUCAGAAGCCAUUCGCGAAAUGAUUUUUAUCAGGAAUAUCGCCAGGAAGCCAGGCCUCACCCUCCGCACGCCUUCAUCGAAAGGAUAAAAGAACAUCCAACGAAGCAUACGUUUUCCAGACAUGAUAAUCGUCAUAUAUUCCCGAGCUGCGUGUUUAGCUUUGAAAAUGGUUUGGGAAAGCGAAAGCCCAUGAAGACGAGAGAGUCCAAUGACUUUAUCCAGUGGAUUCCAUUGGAAGAUGAGCUUAAAAAGCAAAGGCCACUGGUCAGCACCUAUCGUACAGAUUUCUGGAAGAGGGAAGGCGAUGAGACAGAGUUUAAAAUCCCUCAGCUGUUGGCUCCAAGGUUGCGUCUUCUUUCUUCACCCUCGUUUCCUCAAACCACGGCCUACAGACAGACGUUGAGGAGUCAUCAACCUCGGCUGAGCGUUACCAUGGACAAAACCGACUCGUUCAAUCAGCGUUCUCCAAGCAAAGCAAUCUCAUGUGACUUUGUCAAUGGCGGCAGCGAACUAACAAGGAUGAGAGCUCGAUCCGCUCCCAGUAAACAUCUCACUGUGUCCGACUGUCUGGUCUGGACAACCCCAGAAAACAAAAGUCAGACCACCCCCCAAAACUCAGAGACUGCUUAAAAUGUGGUUGUUAAAGACAUACCAAUAUGGAAACUGUGCGUCGCCUAAUUAAACAUGUCAUCAAGUCUGCUGCGUCUUUUAGUAUGAUGAUUGCUUGUUUAUACUCGCCUUACUGUACAUGCUAGUAAAGAGACAAAAACAUAAUAGGGGUCACAAUUCUUUUUGAUUCAUUGUUAGAAUCUUCAGAUAUACGUCAGGAAAACGAACGGGCCGAAAAUGUUUGCACGUCAAGCAUCAACCAUUAAGACUUCUUUCCUAGUUAAAAUAUACGGGUUGGCAUAUAUAGCGACAAACAUAUUGAUUGCAGACAUGUCGUUGGGGAGAGACACCAGUAUUACGUUUGUUAAGAAGACAAAAAAAAUUGUACCGUUCUUAUUUAUGAUUGCAAGUCGUAACUAAUUAAAGGGAUAAACAUCAUGAGUAUC